AUGGCAGUUGUGGUUAAUUUUGAGCACGAAUACCCGUUAGUCGAAGAUCCAUAUCACAAGUUCUGCAGGAACUGCGGCGUUUUCCUCAACACAGCCCGCAUGUUACAAGAAAGACGCUUCAGUUGUAUAGGCUGCAAAGUGGCAGUGGACCAGGCUAAAAUAUUGUCGCCUGUGCAGACAUCCAAAAUUGAGUUCAAAGCCAAAGAAGAAGUGACGAAAGGGCCGAAGAAGGCUUCAAAUGAAGAUGCAUUGACGGAUAGAACGUGUGGCAAUUGCGGCAAUAAACAGAUGGCGUAUAAGACUAUGCAAACGAGGUCGGCUGACGAAGGCCAGACUGUUUUUUUCUACUGUCUCGAGUGCAAACACAACGAAGUGGAAUACUCGUGA